AUGGCUCAAAUUGAAACAAUCAAAAAAGCACGAAGUUCCCGGACGACAUCUUUGCAAUAUACAAAGAUGUUGGAUUUUUUUUAUCUAAAUAAGGGCCUUGCCGAAGGUAAAUUCAAUGCCUUACAUGGGAAGGAAGUAGCGCACAAAAAAUGGGCAGAGCUAGCUGCAGAAUUAAAUGAUAUUCAAGGAGCAACAAAAACUGUUGAGCAAUGGCAAGUGGUAUGGAGAGAUUUAAAAAGUCGUACCUCUGUGAAGGCACGUGAAUUGAGAAAGGCAAAGGCAAUGACGGGAAAUAAAUCAAUCAAGCAAACAGAAUUAUCCGAAUUGGAAGUGCGAGUUAUUGGGUUAGUAGAUGUGGAAUAUAUUGAAGGGAGCAAGGAUUGUGCAGAAAACAUUCCGGAAGAGGAGUCUUUACAAAAUGAAUUAAUUUGUGGAAACUCAUCAGUAUUAAAAGAUAUUCCACAAGUAUUGAAUAUUUGUGAUACUUUUUCGCAAGAAAACUUGCAAGAAAAUUCACAAACUUGGAACGAAGAUAGAGGUGAUUUAUUAGAUACCAUCGAUAUCGAUCAUAUACUUGAUGGAAAUAAAUCUGAAAGUGAGAACAUUCCCAUACAAAAUGUAAAUGAAAGACAGACGAAAAGAAAGACACCACGUGUAUUAUCUGUUUCCAAAUUGACUCCACAUACUGAUCCAAAUCGUAAAAGAUCUGUUAAUGAGCUUUAUUCUACAAAGGAGCAGUUUGAAAAUAUUGCUCAGAAGCAAGCUGAUGUUAUGAUGAUACUUGCCGAAGCUUCGAAAGCUCAUGCAGAAGCAGUUACAAUAAAUGCCCAUGCCAUGACAGAACUGGCUAAAGCUGCUAAAAAAUUAGCAAAUAUUGCAGAAGUACAAGCUGUGAACGAUGCUGAAAGGAUACGAGUAAUGGAAAAAGUCGUGCAAGUAUUGGAGAAUAUAUUGCCAAGCUACGUAACUUAG